AUGCUUUUUCUUAACAGAGAGUAUUCAUUCCACUGUUCUUCCUUAUCGUCGGAUCAACUGUUUGAGGAUGUACAAGGAAUCGAUAGGCCUCGUAGUGGUAAACUAUGGGGCUGGAAUAUACAUUGUUGUUACAAUGGCUUGGUUCUUGUAGGGGUUUGUAAUUAUCCAGAUAAAGACUUCAUGCUUUUGCUAUGGAACCCGUCUACAAGAGAAUCAGUAGUACUUCCCAAUCCGAAGUUUUCACAGGAGGUUACGUGUACUUGGGGUUUGAGAUAUGACUCGACUAGUGAUGACUAUAAGAUCCUCAAGAUCGAUGGUAAAGAACGUAAUGAAGUUCUUGCGCUGAAAAGUGGCUCCUGGAGGAAGAUCGAUGAUAAUCCUGCUACCGAUAACUCUGUGUUGUCUGAUAUGGAUUAUUUGGCAUUUCGACAUGGAGCUUUAGACUGCAUUGAUACGCCAUCUAAUAUGGGCUAUCUGGCGUUUGUACAUGGAGCGUUUCAUUGGGUUGAUUCGUUACUGAAUCAGUCUGUAGCUACGUUUAGUAGUUCAGAUGAGGUGUGUGGAGAGAUACCGUUGCCAGAGGGACUGGAUUUGGUUUUUGAUAUAAUGCAUAGCAAACAAGGUGUUUCGGUACUGGGAUGCAUGCUUUGUGUUUAUUCUACGCGUAUUCAUCACCGGGAGUACACUUUUAAGUUAUGGGUGACGAACGAGUAUGGUGUCAAGGAAUCCUGGAAUCAGUUGUUUACUAUACAAAGUACCGAUCUUUAUUCAAUCACCCCGAAACACAUGUUUUCAGAUGGUGAAGUGUUACUCCGUUGCAGCCAGUUGAGACGUAGUGGUUCUGUGUUUAAGACAUCGAAUGAAUCAUCUGGCGUAUGGCCUCAGUCUGAUUCGGAAUGUAUUCAGGAUGGUUUCGUUUACACAGAAAGCUUGAUCUCUCCCAAGUUGCUUACUUGGUAUUGA